CGGAGCGGAACUGCGCAGCGCCAAAAUGGCGGCGGCCGCGGUGGGAGUCUCCUUGAGGCGCGCCGUCCCUGCGCGGCUCCUGGGUGCUGGGCUGCGGCCGAUCUGUCGAGGAGCUCAGACAGCGGCUGCAGCUACAUCACCGGCUGCAGCUACAUCACGUAUCAAGAAGUUUUCCAUCUACAGAUGGGAUCCUGAUAAGCCUGGGGACAAGCCCCGUAUGCAGACGUAUGAAGUGGAUUUGAAUAAAUGUGGCCCUAUGGUACUUGAUGCUCUGAUAAAGAUUAAAAAUGAGUUGGACUCCACUCUGACCUUCCGCAGGUCAUGCAGGGAAGGCAUCUGUGGCUCCUGUGCGAUGAACAUUGCUGGUGGAAACACUCUGGCUUGUACUAAAAAAAUUGACCCUGAUCUCAGCAAGAUCACUAAAAUCUACCCUCUCCCCCACAUGUAUGUGGUGAAGGAUCUUGUUCCAGACUUGAGUAACUUCUACGCACAGUACAAAUCUAUCGAGCCUUACCUGAAGAAGAAAGAUGAGUCGAAACAGGGCAAGGAGCAGUACCUGCAAUCCAUAGAAGACCGUCAGAAACUGGAUGGACUCUACGAGUGCAUCCUGUGUGCCUGCUGCAGCACCAGCUGUCCCAGUUACUGGUGGAACGGGGACAAGUACUUGGGUCCUGCUGUUCUCAUGCAGGCCUAUCGCUGGAUGAUUGACUCCAGAGAUGACUACACAGAGGAACGCCUGGCACAACUUCAAGACCCAUUUUCUCUCUACCGUUGUCACACCAUCAUGAACUGCACGAGGACUUGCCCAAAGGGUUUGAACCCUGGCAAAGCAAUUGCUGAGAUCAAGAAGAUGAUGGCAACUUACAAAGAGAAGGCAGCCACUGCAUAAAGCUGUUCCCCGACUGGAAAUGUAACACACAAACGUGCUUUACUUGGAAGUCACUUGCACUUGAUUACACCUGGUUCCAGCAGGAAUGCUGGUGUUUUUUCCAUAUGCUUGUGCGUACAAUAAAUACUGUAAAGAACAA